UGCAUUGCAACAGCUUUAAAGAAGUCCCCGUCUGUGAGAUGCCACGUGCACUGCUUCCCCCUCCCACGGCCCUAAUUUUUUUCUUCCUUUUUCUGAGUGUGUAAAGGUCAGGAAUGGAGAUGGCCAAAGGGGUCUCUGGGGGAACUGGGAGUCCCUUUUUGCAAGAAGGCACCUGUGCUGGUGGCGGCUCAGGGCUUACCCAGCGCCAAAGUCCCGUCGCCCCAUCUCCUCAUCCCUUACCUGGCGGAACUCAGUCGCAGUCCACCGCAUCAUUCAGUAGGGAAGGCAGAGAAAGCAGUGAGAUUCAGGUGUCCAUAAUUCUGCCAGUUUACAAUGCUGAGUGCUGGCUGGAUGAAUGCCUGAAGUCUGUUCUGGAGCAAGACUUCCAAGGUUCCAUGGAACUAUCUGUUUUUAACGAUGCUAGUAUGGACAAUUCAGGAAAUAUAUUAAAAACGUGGAAGGUUCUAUUGGAAGAAGCAGGCAUUCAGAUGGUACUUGGAGAAAAUGAUUCAUCUCAGCCACGAGGAGUGGGCUUUGCUAAAAAUCAUGCAAUAGAUCAGAGCUCGGGGACUUAUCUGUGCUUUUUGGAUUCUGAUGAUGUGAUGAUGCCCCAGAGAAUAAGACUGCAGUGGGAAGCUGCUAUUCAGCAUCCAGAAAGUAUUAUAGGUUGUCAAAUUGAGAGAGAGCCAGCAGAGGCAACUGAGCGAUACACUCGAUGGAUCAAUAAUCUAACCUGUGAGCAGCUUCUUACUCAGCUGCAAAGAAUUCAAGGCCAACUUCAAGAUACAAUGAAUUUUAAGACUGCAGGGGGUUUGUUCUGUUUUGUGAUACAGUUUUCUGGUAAACGGUCACACUGCUUCAUUCCUAUUCCAGUGGCAGUUAAGGACUAAAAUAGAGCGGUUUGUAUUAACACAGAGUUCCAUGCUUGGGUUUGGCCACAUUCAUGCGCUGUACUUAUUGUGAGGUAGAUUAAUUAAGAUUUUGUUUGUGGCAUAGGCACCAAGCCAGUUACUGUACGCUAUGUAACAAAUACGGAAAUACACAAAGGGAUUUCCUCUCUUUAGUCCACCUGCCACAAAGCAAAUAUCACUUUGUGUGUCUUUUUAUUAUGUCUUUUUGUGGCGUGUCUUUUACAGUACAAAAUAAUUACGGGGCAUAAUACCUGGGUAGAUUUACGCUUGCAGAAGUAGUUUAGGCUAACAAUGGAAUAGUAAACUUUUAAUCCCUUUAGAAAGUUUUGACUCUGCUUUUUGGAAGGAGCUGAGCCAAUAAAAACAGAGAGCAGCGUUGUGUGACAACUGGAGUCUAGCUCUAGGAAGAGAGAAGAUAAAGCUUUAAACUCAGUCUCCUAAUUCCUGCUUUUGGCUCACAACUAGGAGCUUUUCCAUUUCUCUGUCUCACCAUUGUGCUUUGUUAAACUUACCAAAUCAAUGCCACUUCCCUCAAAUUUAUGGAUUUCUAAGUUCCAGCUUCCCUUAUAUUGUCAUAUUAAAACAUCAAGCAACAUUGCAGUUUUCCUUCAAGUUACGAUUUUUCAACAUCUUCCCCCUGUUAGGAUUGGUUUCUCAUAUGUUUAUGUGCC